GUGCAGCGGAUAUCUAUAGACUAUCUAGAGUGAAGUAAACUGUCGUCACAUGUAACGUUGUUAUUGAAAUUACUUAUGUAAUAGUCAAUCUAAGUAGAUAUAUUAGACAAGUAUUUUUAAGGGUCAAUAAUUACCUAACAAAGAAUGGAGGCUAUGGAGGAUGUUAUAUUGAAGUUACUUGUCACUGAUACUAAUGUCAUACAGCAGGCAACAGCACAAAUUCAAGAAGCUUUUAAAAAAUCUGAGUGCAUACGACAUUUGUAUCAACUUGUUGUAUCAUCUACUAAUCCACAGGUAAGACAGUAUGCCGCUCUUUUGUUGAGGAAACGGUACACCAAAGGCAAAUAUUGGACAGCACUGCCAGAAGAAAUAAAAACAGACUUGAAGACAAUACUCUUACAGGCUCUUGUUCAAGAACCAGAAAAACUUGUCAAAAACAAUAUUGCUCAAUUGAUUGGUGUUGUUGUGAAACAUGAGUUGCCUAAAAAUAAGUGCUUGGAAGUGUUUCAAUUUAUACGCCAUCAGCUUGCAAGCGGAAAUUUAUCCAACCAAGAAUUGGGCAUGUAUACUUUAUCAGUAAUGACUGAAAUAACACAAGAUGUAUAUCUACCUCAUGCGCAAACAAUCAUGGAAAUGUUGAAUGAAACCCUAAACAGUUUUUGCAAUCUAGCUAAUCCAGUGUCGUGUUAUAUUUUAGAUACAUUGCUUCAUUUAGUUCCACUAAUAGAGGGAAAUCAGUUGAUGGUCAAUGCCUACCAUCAAAUGCUGCCUCGAAUCAUGCAAAUCAUUCAAUCACUGGUUACAGUGAAUCCAGAAAAAGCAGUCAAAGGUUUUGAGCUGUUGCACGAACUGUGCGAAAUAGCUCCAAUUGUCGUUUCACCAUACAUUGAAAAUUUGUUGGAAAUGUGUAUAGUUAUAGCCAAUGAUAGAUCUUUAGACGAGGAUUUGAGAAAGAAGGCCAUAACUUUUAUAGGCUUGAUUGCUAAAACAAAAAAAAAAGCUUUAGUUAAGCUCAAGCUCGUUGAAGCGAUAAUAGAUAUGCUGUUCUCGCAGAUGUGCGCUCAACCAGACGACGAAAAUCAAGAGAUAUACUUUGGCAACGACGACGACAAUACGUUGGUAACUAGCGCUACCCAUACCCUCGACCAACUAGCAUUGCACUUGCCUCCGGAAAAGUUGUUCCCACAUUUGGUGAAGCAUAUCGAGCCCGGGUUGGAGAGAGGCGACGCGUACACCAAGAAAGCCUCCUAUUUGUCACUAGCCGUGUUGGCCGAAGGCUGCUCAGAGUACAUUAAGAGCAAGUAUCUCGAACCGUUUUUGAGGUGUAUAUGCUGUGGUAUAGGCGCAGACGAACCGGUAGUCCGUAACGCGGCUUUGUUUGCUCUUGGCCAGUUUUCCGAGCAUCUGCAGCCAGACAUUAGCCGUUACGCUCACGAAUUGCUUCCACCAUUGCUUCGUCGAUUUGACGAGAUAUGCGUCGAAAUUAGGCAUCAGCAAAAAGAUCCGGAUUCAUCCGAUCGCGUUUUUUACGCCGUUGAAAUGUUUGCCGAGAACUUGAACGAAGGUCUACUCCCGUUUUUGCCUGACCUCAUGGCCAUCCUCUUUUCGAUAUUGGAGGACAGCGCGAGCCCGGUGCACUUGCGCGAGCAAGCUCUUAGUGCGAUCGGUGCGGCGGCCAACGCUAGCAAAGAGCACAUAGAGCCUUACUUUCAGCGUAUCAUUGGCAUAUUAGAGUGCUAUCUCACCUCCAAGCCAUCGGUAUCCAGCAAUGACGAGAUUACAUGCUUGAAGGUGCAAGCAGUAGAUACUUUGGGCGUACUAGCAAGGACCGUUGGACAAGACAAUUUUUCCCCCCUGGCCUCGAGGUCGGUUGCACUUGGUAUGGACAUGUUGAAAGACACGGACGACCCGGACUUGAAAAAGUCCGUUUACGGUCUAUUGGCGUCCCUGAGCGUAACUUUGAAGGGCAAGUUGUCGCCUGUUCUUCCAGAAAUCGUCACGUAUCUAAUAACAAGUGUGCAAAGCUCCGAAGGAAUCGUGACCCAACUCAAGACUGAAGAUACUUCGCAAUACUUGAUAUACGAGGACUCGAGUGAAAGUGACGGAGCCGAAGAGGAAGACAUUGAGAAUACGGAUGAUGAAAAUAACGAUAAAGACGACGAUGAUGACUAUGAAGAUGAUAUUGCUGGCUACAGCAUUGAAAACGCUUAUAUUGAAGAAAAGGAGGAAGCCAUUUUAGCUCUGAGGGAGCUAGCUGAACAUACCGAGCAAGAUUUUUUACCCUAUUUGGAGGAAGCAUUUAAGGAAGUUUUUAAGCUAGCAAAUUAUCCACAAGAAGACAUACGAAAAGCCGCAGUAGUCGCCUUAUCGCAGUUUUGUAUUAAUUUUUCGAAAAUAGAAACACCGGAUGGUAAACAAGCUACGCAACAAGCACUCUGUGUUUUUGUUCCCAAGCUUGCUGAAUUAAUAAGGCUGGACGGAGAACGAAGCGUCGUUUUACAAGGAUUGGAUGCGUACGCUGAACUAUUGGAGCAUAUCAAGUCUGACGUUCUCGUUGGGUCAGGUCACAAGGAUGCCAUUGAAAAUUGUGUUACUGAAGUUAUGCUUGGUCGUACCAGCUGUCAAGAUGGAGAAGAAGCUGAAACCGAAAGUGAUGGUGACGAAGGUGAAGCUGAACACGACGAGUUGUUAUUCGAAUGUGCAGGUCAAGUUUUAGUAAAUUUAGGAAAUAGCAUGACAUCGCAAGAUUAUGCUGUAUAUUUUGGAAAAGUGCUGCCAAUACUAAUCAAACGAAGUGUGAAAAAUAGCAAUUCCGACGCUCAAAGGUCGUUUAGCAUUGGAACAAUAAUCGAGUGUUUUCCAGCAUUAAAUGAUUGCGUUGCAAUAUUUGCUCUCCAAUUGCUACCAAUUUUUAUAAAACUCACAAAUGAUUCUUGCGAUGAAGUCCGAAGCAAUACUAUUUUUGGUUUGGGUGAAUUGGCAUAUUAUGGAAAAGAAGUUUUAUACCCACAUUAUUUUGAAAUUCUGCAAACCCUUUCACGAGUUACAACCAAGGAGAAAAACGCUGGAGCUCGAGAUAAUAUUAUAGGUGCUAUAGCUCGACUGAUAAUAACGAAUCAUUCGAUCGUACCACUGGAACAAGUUUUUCCCGUUUUCGUCAGCCAAUUACCAUUGAAAGAAGACUUGGAGGAAAAUAAAACUGUUUACAAAUGUAUUAUGCAACUUUAUGGAUGCGGUCAUGUAAUUUUAAAACCCCAUUUGAGUCAUCUUUUGCAAGUAUCUUUUAGAUUGUUGGAAACGGAAAACACGGAUACCGAAACAAAAAGUAUUGUCGUGGAAUUUAUGAAAUCGGUUCAAAGAGAUUUUCCAGCAGAUAUUUGGAACCCAUUUUGUAAUCAACUCGGACAAGAAAUCUCGGACCGCUUACACAAUAUAUUAAAAUAAUGUAAACAAGCUUUUUAGAAUUGACGUGGAUUAUCAGAUAUAUGUAAUACUGCACGCUAUCGACGUCACGUUUGGCAG